CUACUCAUUAAAAAGUUUGAGCCUUUUGAUAGACAAACUGAAGCUUAUUAUACAGAUUUGUUAUUUGGAACUAUAGAACAAAUAAGUGAUCAAAUUAAAUUAGUUAUUGAUAAUGAAAAUUCUGAUGAAUUGGAUUUAGAAUAUGAGCUUGAGGCACCAAUUAUUUUAGAGCAACUUUAG